AUACAGUUACCUAUACAGUAUUUACUCAACCGACCUUGCAACGAAUUGUCAAAAAUUAAAAUCAUAAAAUAAUUUCUUUAAUUAAGUUAAUUUCACUUUACACUUAAUUGGAUUACCCCCAAAUUAAACUAAAAACAACCCCCUUAAAAUAAUACGGAUCUAAUCUAAAAGGGAAGGUAAUCUAGGAUAAGAGGAGAAAGUAAUCAAGAAAGCUAACACAUGACGCCUUCAUAACCUAUAAAAAGGAAAUGUCAAAAAGAAUAUCUGUUUUCACACAAAUUAUUGAUUUUGAAAAAUGUUUCGAUAUUUAUACCCAAAUUGUUUAACGAAAAAUCUCGCCGCUUUCGUGCACGAUUAUAAUAUUAAAAAAGAUGAGAACAAAAUUGAUAAUAUUCUGAAAAAAUGGAAAAGAAUAUUUUUAGAGAAAUGUAUAGGAGAACCAGAAAGCUCGAUUGAUAAUAUAAUAGCACACGUUUUAAACACGAAAAAGGUUUCCGAUGUUUAUACCAACAUGAAUAAAUACCUAACGUACAAACAAACAGAUAAAAUAACCCAACUAUGUGAAUUAAGAUUAAAAAAUAAACCAAUGCAGUAUAUUAUUGGCGAAUGGGAUUUUAAAAAUUUAACGCUUAAAAUGCGCGAACCAGUCUUUAUUCCAAGACCAGAAACCGAACAAAUCGUCGAUUUAGCACUUAACGAAUGCAAUGACGUCUCAGAAAUUUUAGAAUUAUGUUGUGGCUCAGGAGCUAUUAGCAUAGCUUUAUUAAAAAUGAAUCCAAACAUUAAAAUCAUUGCCAUAGAUAAAUCAAACGAAGCUUGUGCAUUAACCGAAGAAAAUGCGAAAAUUCACGGCGUUUUUAAUCGCCUCAGGGUGAUUAAUAAGGAAAUUUUAAAAGAAAAUGUCUCUAAAUUAAUCUUAAAAAAAUUUAAAUUAAUUGUUUCGAAUCCUCCUUAUAUUCCUACAGGGGAUAUAGAAUAUUUACAACCUGAAAUUAGGCUUUAUGAAGAUAGAGAUGCUUUGGAUGGUGGAAACGACGGUCUUGAUUUAAUCAAAUUAGUGUUAAAAGUAUCAUCUAAUAUCCUGGAAACGGGUGGUAAAGUUAUCUUGGAAGUGGACCAACGGCACCCGGAGUUGAUCAAGUCUUACCUACGUGAAAAUCCCGCCCUCGGGCUUUUAAUUACAGCCGUACAUAAAGAUGUGUUUAACAACAACAGAUUCGUGGCGUUUCAAAAAAUGAAUCCUCCUCUUUUAACUUCGUGGUCAUUUAAAUCGUAACUAUAAAAGUAACGAAUGUACAAAAACGAUUAAUUAAUAAUAAAAUGUAAUGAAGUUUUA